AUGGAGAACCACACAGAGCUGAACGCUGAGAUUUUAGACACGCUGCUUGGCCAUAAAAACCAGGUCUCGACCAAACUCCAUACCAUCAUCAAGGUCCUCAAACCGGCCCUCAAUCAGGAACACAUCUACUUACCGGAGGACAAAUUGCUUAAAUAUGGUAUACGCAAGGAGACGAUGGAUCUAGAGCAAGGUGGGCGGUUUUUUAAGCCGAUGUCACAAUCGGUUUUUGAGAGUUUGCCUCGACUUGAAGAAUACUAUGAAGAGGAUGAAUGGGAUCCGUCGGACUCUACUUAUGAUGAAAUACAUGAUGCAACCCAUAUUCAGCGUAAGCUGAAAGGCUUCAUAGGAGGGGAAAUCCCAAAUACUCCAACGGACAAGUGGGGAUGUCACCGGGUACUGGCUGACUAUGCGGAAUGGGAUUUUGCAUUACAUGUACGGGGUACUCAUCUCCAACCCCAUGUUAUAUCUCACUCGCUCCAUGGUUUAUACCCUGAUGAAGAUGCAAACCUGAAGAUUACCCGUAGUGAAAUACUCCUUGCCGCCGACCUUAUGAGGGAAAGAUUGAAGUGCCCAUUGUAUGUUACCAAUGAUUUAUACCCGAUUCUCAUGGUUUCUUGCUUCAACCGACAAGUUCGUAUGAAUGAAGUAUACUUUGAAAACGGAACCCUUUGUUUCAACUGUACUCCGUUCAUUAACUUCGACACCUUUGAACGAUCCAAACUCGACUUACUUGCUCGUUGGGCUUUAAGCACGCCUAUAGGCGAAACUAGCAAAUACCCAAACAUCAAACCGAUUGCAAAACUCUUAAACCGUUUCUUGAAAGAGAGAAAUCGCAGAAAUAAAUACGUGCCCAAGCGUGUUAAGGAGCUUAGGAGGGGUUGA